AUGUCAGGAUCCAAGGAAGAAAAUCCUGACCUUCUUCCCAAGUCAAAGCCACAGGAGGAACAUGGGUUUGCCAUGGAUUUUGAUGUUGGUUUGGAAAGUCUGUGGCCCUUGGAUCAUAUAUCUUUGCUCUCUAACCCCGUGUCUCCUUUUCUCUUAUCCACUAUCUCUGAACAACCUUUUUCUCCCGUCUGGGCUUUUUCUGAUGUUGAAGAUGAGAGGCAAAUCAGAAUUGCAGCUGCAGGACUUGCUUCAUUUCAAGUUGACUAUAACUUGAUAAACGCCCCUGAACUUUCUUCAAUUUAUUGUAAUACAAUUGAAAAUCCGGUUGAAGAUGAUAACAACAAGAAAACUGUGUCACCACCCCUUGUAGCUGUGCCACCUUCAGAAAAUCCAGAUGGUUAUUGUUUGAUCAAGGAAAGAAUGACACAAGCACUUCGGCACUUCAAAAAGUUGACUGAACAGAAUGUUCUUGCUCAGGUUUGGGCACCUGUGAGGAAUGGAAACCGGUAUGCACUCACAACUUCAGGCCAACCAUUUGUUCUUGAUCCACAUAGUAAUGGACUCCAUCAGUAUAGAACAGUGUCUCUGAUGUAUAUGUUUUCUGUGGAUGGAGAGAAUGAUGAAAUACUGGGACUUCCUGGUAGAGUUUUUCAGCAUAAAAUUCCUGAAUGGACUCCCAAUGUUCAGUACUAUUCCAGCAAAGAGUAUCAGCGCCUGAAUCAUGCACAACAUUACAAUGUUCGUGGAACCUUGGCUCUACCUGUGUUUGAACCUGCAGGACAGUCAUGUGUAGCUGUACUGGAGUUGAUAAUGACUUCACCCAAGAUUAACUAUGCUCCUGAGGUUGAUAAAAUCUGCAAAGCCCUUGAGGCAGUUAAUUUAAGGAGUUCAGAAAUUAUGGAGCAUCCAUACAAUCAGAUUUGUAAUGAAGAUCGCCAGUACGCAUUAGCUGAAAUUUUGGAGAUACUGACAGUUGUGUGUGAGACUCAUAGUUUGCCUUUGGCACAAACUUGGGUUCCAUGUAAGCAUCGGAGUGUCUUGGCACAUGGUGGUGGUCUUAAGAAAAGUUGCUCAAGUUUUGACGGUUCUUGCAUGGGGCAAGUAUGCAUGUCUAUAACUGAGGUAGCAUUCUAUGUCAUAGAUGCUCAUACAUGGGGUUUCCAUGAGGCUUGUUUUGAGCAUCACUUACAACAAGGUCAAGGGGUUGCUGGGAGGGCAUUUUUGUCUCACAACAUGUGUUUCUGUGGGAACAUUUCUCAAUUCUGCAAAACUGAAUAUCCCUUAGUACAUUAUGCUCUCAUGUUUGCUUUAACCAGCUGUUUUGCAGUAUGCUUACAAAGCUCUCACACAGGAAAUGAUGAAUAUGUGCUAGAGUUUUUUCUGCCUCCAAGGAUCACAGACUUCAAUGAACAAAAAAGCUUGUUGGGGUCCAUAUUGGCCACGAUGAAGCCACGUUUUCAGAGUCUUAAGAUUGCAGCUGGUGCUGAAUUUGAGGAAAAUUGUUCAGUUGAAAUUAUAGAAGCAAGAAAAGAAAGAGUUGAUUUGAGGUUUGAAUCAAUUCCAAUUACUCAUUCUUCUAACUCACCACCUAGACAUGCCUCUCCAAAUAUGGGAGAGAAGCUGCAACUGGAGCCACCAGAGCAGGAAAUAAUGGCAAACUUUGAUGCCAUAAAUGAUGGAAGGAGUCUUGGUGAUAAUACAGGUGGGCACAUUGAUCAGAACACUUCCUUGGAAGCCAAAACCAAAAAGAAACCCUCAGAAAGAAAACGUGGAAAAGCUGAGAAAACAAUUAGUCUUGAUGUUCUGCAACAUUACUUCACUGGAAGCCUUAAGGAUGCUGCAAAGAGCCUUGGUGUUUGUCCUACUACAAUGAAACGCAUCUGUAGGCAGCAUGGGAUAUCGCGUUGGCCAUCUCGAAAGAUAAAAAAGGUUAAUCGUUCCCUAUCCAAGCUCAAGUGUGUUAUUGAAUCAGUCCAUGGUGCUGAAGGAGCAUUUGGUUUGAAUUCUCUAUGUACUGGUUCAAUUCCCAAUGCGGGGGCUGGUUCAAACAAGUUCAACAACCAAACCUCGUUGACCAUUAGGCCAUUAGAACCUAAGAUCAAUGAAAAUGAUUUUGAUGCAUCUAAAGCAUCAGAAUCAAACAAACAGGCUGGGGUGGAAGAUCACUACCUAGGUACAAGGGCACAAAAUUUUGAGAAAAUGAUUAAUGAAAAAGUUGUGGCCAUUCAGGAGAUUGGCACUAAAGGGACUACCAAGUUUAGCGCUAGGAGUGGCUUAAGUGAAGGAAGUGCAAAUCCUUCUCCUCAUGGUUCAUGCCAAGGUAGUCCUCCAAAUGAAAUAUCACCUCCAAAAUAUAUAUUUGUAACAGGCAACAGUGAGCAAUGUCUUGUGUUAAGGGGAUCACUGGGGUCAACACUGCACUCAACUAGUACACCGAACCGUGCAACUGCAUACGCUAUGCCUAACUUUUUGGAAACAGAACCUCAAGAACCAUUUGAAGGACAACUACUUGAGGGUGUUGGUAGUUCUAAGGACUUGAGGAAUCUCUGUCCUUCAGCACAUGCUGUUUUGGAAGAUCAGGUUCCUGAACCUUGCAGGAUGAAUCCUCAAUGUGCUGCUGAUUUGGCUUCUGUGCCACACAUGGAUACUCUCAAUAAUAAUAACAUGACACCUUUUGCAGUUAGCAAUGAGGUGAAGAGUGUCACCAUUAAGGCAACUUGUAAAGAAGAUAUCAUAAGGUUUAAGGUCUCUUUGAACUGUGGUAUUGUGGAACUGAAAGAAGAAAUUGCCAAAAGAUUGAAACUAGAGGAGGGAACAUUUGAUAUCAAGUAUAUGGAUGAUGAUCAUGAAUGGGUUUUGAUAGCCUGUGAUGUAGACCUGCAGGAGUGUAUGGACAUCUCAAGAUCAUCAGGCAGCAACAUAAUCAGGAUUGUGGUGCAUGAUAUUCUGCCCAUUCUUGAUAGCUCUUGUGAGAGCUCAGGACAUUGGAAAGGUUGUAUAUAG